AUGCAGCAGGAUAACUGCUCCAGUAGUUCCCAGCUCACUGAUAUCUUCCCAGUAUGCAUAGCCAACAGUGCUAUAAUGGGACUGUGCUUUGUGCUGGGGGUCCCUGGCAAUCUAUCAGUGCUGGGGAUUCUUGUCCGACGCUUGAAGGAGAACAGCUUCACUCUUAGAAUAAUGCUGACUCUGGCGAUGUCGGAUCUGCUGAUUCUCCUUCCCCUGCCAAUAUGGAUCUGGGCUCUUCUGCAUGACUGGAUCUUCGGCUCUGUUGUGUGCAAGAUCAUCUCCUACAUUGAAUACUGGUGUGUCUACUGUAGUGCAUUGUGUGUGACUCUGAUGAGUGUUCAGAGGUACAUGCAGGUGCUCCAUCCUCAAAAAUGUGCUAAACUCGGGACCAGAGGAGAGAACGGACUUUUGUGUGGAAUAUGGAUCCUGAGUGGACUCUUGGCAUUAUACGCUCCUGUUCAGCGUGAUGUAGGAUGUGAUCAAUACGGAUUCCUGUACUGUUACCAACACUUUAGGAAUGAUACAGAAAAAGUAGUCACUUUAAUCCUGGAAAUGCUACAAUUUGGGAUGUGUUUCUUCUUGCUGGUUUUCUUCUACUAUCGUCUUCACCGAGGGGUCAAUCAGUCACCUUUCUUUAGCAGUAACAGAAUGACAAAGCUGGUGACGAGAAUCGUCGUGUCAUUCUUCGUCUUCUAUAUCCUGGUUCCCAUCGCCAACAUCUCGAUUAUCACUGCAGUGUUUCUGAAGAAUGAAAAUCUGUUGGAAUCAGUAGAACUUGUUGGUAAAGUGGCCAGAGUUCUGGCAUUCCUGAACAGCUGUGUGAACCCUUGUCUCUAUACUUUCUCUCUUAGAGGGCAGCAACGCACCAAUCCUGUGAUAGAGAACACUUAAACUCUUAUGCAUUACAAAAUUAUGGAAGCUCAUU